AAACUAUGGUGUCUUCUAAAGCAUUUUUCGUUUCAUUCCUGGUUUCUUGCGUUCUUCUCUCGGUUUACUGUCAAAAAGCUGAGGAACAGGGGCUUCCCGGCAUUCGCUGGGGGAGACAUUUUCAAGAGGAUGACCUCACUCAAAGAGGUGGAGAAGGAAAGCUUUGGAGAGUAAUGGAGCAAAAAAGAAACCAUCAUUAUCGAUUAAACGGUAAGACAUGCAAAGAUGUAAAAGGAGAUGUAAAAAAGCAGCACUUUUAGUCUUUACCCUUGAAUUUGAUCAAUUUGUAUUUGUUUAACCGAGUAAAACCUGAUAAUUUCACUUUUAUUGUACAGUUUUCAUAUCAAAAAUAAAAAUUUUUUCAUAUAAAAAAUAGAAAAUUAAGUUAAUAUUGUCAAUAAAGGUUCCCGUUUAAAUUUUUUUAUAUUGCAUAGAGAUAGGUUAGUGAUGUUCCUGAGGCUACAAAAAUGAGUGGAAUGUCAAUGCUGCCCUAAGAAUUUUUAACUGGAGGGCCUCAGUGUGGUUAGCUGUCGACCCUUACGAAAGUAACGGAAGCUCUCACAUCUAAUUACCUUUUAUAUCUGGAUAACAUAUGACUCACCUCGCGAAUGAGGGCUAAUUUGUUUUUUAUAGCCGCCAUUUUGAAAAAAAUUACGCGUCCGAGGUCUGGUACGAGAAGAGGGCGGGUUAGGAAAAAAGAAGCCAGCGAAAAUAGUUCUUAUUCAUAAAAAAAAAUGAUAAUAAUAAAAUGAAAUUGUGAUAAUAGGAAGAGGAAUCCCUUUUCUAGAAUCAAAUGUCUUAAGAUAUGCUAAAAUACGUCUUUUCAUUUCAACAGAUGGAGGCCAAAAGCAAGAAUCGUAGGAACAGUAAAAAAAUCCUCAAUUAAAAACCUUCGUGAACAAAAGGGAUCCCUGUCUGUUAAAUACAUGAUACUUCAUCAACUGAGAGUUCAUGACUUUUAAAGAAAUACUAGAAUCAGUUCUGUGUUUGGAGAGCACAUCAAGUCGUGUGGUAAAUGAGUUCUCCGUACAUGCCACGUCAGUGAUUAACUUCUAAUGUAAAUGUAGGCUUAUCUUUGCUGUUAUCCCGGCCUAUGAUAUUCGGAUAUUGUCAUAAGUCACUGAAUAAAUUGCUGCCUUUGAUCCCGA